CUCAUUGUGGUAGAGCCGCACGCGCGCGCGCUGAGUACACGAGCAGGAGGAGGAGAAUCUUCAGCUCCUUCAUUUAUUGAAGGUUUCUUCACAUUAGUGUGCACUCGAGUGCGCACACACGCAGGGAGCGACACACACACGGCACAGCUCGAGAGCACACUGCGAUACACGCAAACACUUCGCUUUUAAUAGUCGAAUAUAACAUUAUGAUGCGACAUUAAACUCGUCUGUCGGCGCUUUGAAGAACCCGCGUCACGCUAGGAUGGACAAACUUUUCUGAACUUUUUCGCUGAUUUUUCGCUUGCUUUGCUUCGGAUAUGGAGAGCUGACAGCUGAACGUGCGCAAGAGGAAGUACAUAACAGACAGUGACAGGAGCCACUAGACGCACACUUCAGGAAACACACAUUUAGGCUACUCCAGCUGUGCUCAUGGCAGCUUACGGACAGACGCAGUACAGCCCGGCGUUACAGCCAGCGGGUCCUUACACACCAUACACACAUCACACACAGGGAUACAGCAUGACGUCCUACAAUAUUAAAACAGAAGAUGGUUUGAGCCAUUCACCUGGUCAGAGCAGUUUACUGGGAUACACACCAAACUUCAGCGGGACGCCCCCCGGACAGACGCUCUACAGCUACUCACACGGCGGCAGCAUUUCUUCUGGAAUUUUCCAGGGUGCGAACAGCAUCACGGGCUCAACGCCGUUCAGUCCAGCGCAGCAGGACUUCUCAACAUAUUCAAGCUACAGCCAAAGUCAAUAUUCUCCAUACUACAACACACACUACAACAGCCCGUACAUCACAGCCAGCAAUAUCACGCCAUCGGCCAUCACCACGGCGAUACCCUAUCAGCACACAGAUCACCCCGCUGUAUCGACCAAUCACAGCCCAGAAUCACACACAGCAGAGUACCAGGCUCCCACGAGUCCUCCAACUCCAGGAAAGGAUCAGGACGGAGCUCCACCGAGACGCAGUGCGGAUGGGAAGCUGAGAGGCCGGAAGCGGGCCAGUGACCCCGUCCCUCCGCUGGACUCGGACAUUGAGAGGGUGUUUGUUUGGGAUCUGGAUGAGACCAUCAUCAUUUUCCACUCACUGCUCACCGGGACAUUUUCCACACGCUUCGGCAAGGACUCCGGGAAGGCUGUUUCUCUGGGUUUGUGGAUGGAGGAGAUGAUCUUCAACUUGGCUGAUUCACGGCUGUUUUUCAAUGACCUGGAGGAAUGUGACCAGGUUCAUAUCGAUGACGUGGCUUCGGAUGACAACGGUCAAGAUCUAAGUACAUAUAACUUCGGCACAGAUGGUUUCCAGACACCAGCAGGUGGAGGUUCGCUCUGCCUGGGUUCAGGUGUUCACGGCGGGGUCGACUGGAUGAGAAAACUAGCCUUCCGCUACCGUCGGGUUAAAGAGAUCUACAACACAUACAAGAACAAUGUUGGAGGUUUGUUGGGCAGCCCAAAGCGGGAGGAGUGGCUUCAGCUGCGGCGAGAGAUGGAGGUUUUGACGGAUCUGUGGCUGACGCAGGCUCUCAAAGCCCUCGCACUCAUUAACUCCAGACCGAACUGUGUGAAUGUGUUGGUCACGACCACGCAGCUGAUUCCAGCUCUGUCUAAAGUGCUUCUGUAUGGUCUCGGAGGAGCGUUUCCCAUCGAGAACAUCUACAGCGCCACCAAAACAGGUAAAGAAAGCUGUUUUGAGCGUGUGACGCAGAGGUUCGGCAGGAGAGCCGUGUAUGUGGUCGUAGGAGACGGUAUUGAAGAGGAGACCGUCGCAAAGAAGAAGAACAUGCCGUUCUGGCGAGUGACGUGUCGAGCGGAUCUGGAGGCUUUGAGUCAUGCACUAGAGCUGGAUUACCUCUAGAGGGCGGCGUCUGCUUAUCUGUGUCCCGCUGCGUCCAAUCACAUGACUGCACCACCAAUCAGCAGAAAGCAGCAAUCAGACUGGAAAUCAACCCGAGAGAAACGCUUUCGUCUCCUUCCCGCUCUUUCAUUCACUCCACAACAGCACUGCACUGAAAAACAGCAGAGAUCUGACUGAGAAUCAAUAACAAACGACCACGCUGCUCAUACUAGAUAGAAAACCAGAUGACAAACUCCAAACCUGUCUCCCAGAAUCCAAUGCACUUGACUCGACCUGCCAUUUCCAGACAUGGCUUUUCACGUCACAUCUCUACACGUCACCAAAACUGGAUUCAAAAUGCGAAAUAUUUUUUAUUUCAGAGAUGAUAACUCGAGGUCAUGUGACAAUGCAGAAUACUACUGUUUCAAACUAUGAUCACUGCAUAAAGUGUACUGUGCCGCAUAUUAUUUUUGUAUAUCACGCAGCGUAAGCUGUGCAGUAUGCUGUAAUGUUUGUUAGUUUUGUUCUGAAAUGACACCAGAAUACAAAGGAGGGUGCAAAAUGCAAGAUUUGAGCAUUUUAAAAAUUUUUAUUUGAAAAUAGGGGACCUAUUAUGCAAAAAUCACUUUUAAAAGAGGUUUAAACACAGUCAUGUGGCAGCAGUGUGUGAAUAUAAGCAGCUUCUAAUGGUAAAACUGUAGUAAAUGUUUUAUAAUCACACUUGAUGAAAACAGUCUGCAGAAACUCUUUGAUUGACAUUUUCCCUUUGUACGUGUCAUCAGAGGGGGAAAGCCCCUCCCCUAAGUGGUGAGCUCAUUAGCAUAGGAUGUUAUUAAAUCUGACACUAUGCUUACACAUGGGCACAUAGCUCCGCCCUCACUUUAAAUUUAAAGCGACAGUCACCAAUAUGACACAAUUAGGAUCAAAACCCAUAAGGGUCUGUUUCAAACAGUUAAAACAUAAUUUGUGUGGCAUUUUGAGCUGAAACUUCACACACACAUGCACACACUCUCAGGACAUCAUAGACGUAUUUUACAUCUUGUAAAAAGGGGUAUAAUAGGUCCCCUUUAAACCACAAAAUCAUACGCAUUUCUUAAACAACUAAAAAUCAUGAGUAAAUGGUGAAAAAAAACUGGAUUUUAUGUAAUUUUGACUAAAUAUAUUUUCGUUUAUUUCAUCUUGCUGUGUCAAACCAAAUUAACUACAUAUUGCACCAUACAUGAAAUUGAUCAAUAUAACAUGCUAUUGUACUGAGUCUGCAGAAAAACUAACCCCUUACUUCUUUAUACGAGUACAAAGUGCUGCAAAUCCAGCUAUUUUAAUGGCAAAACCCACCUGGAGAUGAUUUCAAAAGUGAACUAACCGUGAAAUUGAGUGUUGCAGCACAUGAUAAUAAUGCUUCUGGUACUGAACUGAGAUCAGCUUAUGUCUGUCCUGUGAGUUUUUCUCCCUGCACUUGAAGCCGACUGCGUCUCUUGCCUGAACAUCGUGCGGUUUCUGACUGGAUGUAUAUUAUUUGUUGUACUUUUGCUGAAGUUGAUCUAUUUACUGUAUGUGCCGCUGAUCCUGCAUGUGCUUUUCACACCACCUCUUCUGUUCGCAAUGAUUUGUAUAUAUGGUUUAAUUGUUGAUUAUUUCUGGGCUUGUUAUUAUAGAAUAAAGAUAAAUUAAUUUCA